AUGUGUUCACUGCUGAUCCCUUCUUCUCAUAACCAAGUCGGUGGUGUUAUCACUGCUCUCGUGAUUGCCUCUACCGUGGCCACCAUCAUCUUGGUCUCUGUUGGUGUUGGUUACUCUCCACCACAACCAAAGAAUGACAUGGCCACAACUUUUAAACGUGUUCCAAUUACUUUGGAUGUGUUAUUGAAUGAUGUCGAUCCUCGUGGAGGUAACUUGACAUUGACCAAUAUUGUUGUCUCUCCUCGUCAUGGUGUAGCCAAGAUUAUUUCCAAAUCCAAGAUUAUGUAUCAAUCGUUGGGAGCUUUUACUGGAAAUGAUACCUUCUCGUAUGAAGUGUCAAAUUCGUUCAUGACUGCCAAUGCUACUGUCAUCGUUCAAGUAUUGAAUCGAGCUCCUGAAGCCAUUCCAAUUGUCAAGACAGUUCCCAAGAAUGCCAAUCGUUUCCUUAUUGACAUCUUUUCAUAUGUUGGAGACAACGGAGAGCGUAUUUCUGAUGUCGACAAUGAUGCUCUCUAUGUCGAUACUUUUUAUGGUAAUCAAAUUGUUGGUGGAAAUCAAACCGAUUUGGGAAUUGUUGAAAAGGACACAUGGUCUGGUUUCUAUUACACACCAAAGAAGGAUUUUAAUGGUGUGGAACAAUUCAACUAUGUCAUUUCUGAUGGCAAUGAUACUUCCACAAGUACCAUCACCAUUACCAUUCAAAACAAUCCUCCUACUUGUGUCGAUGACACUUUUAACGUUCCCAAAUAUGGAGGUGCCAAUUUGGACGUAUUGAAGAAUGACAAUGACAUUAAUGGAGAUGAUUUUUAUAUUUCUAGAGCUCUUGGUGCUGGAUAUGGAGGUGUCAGCGUUCGUUCCAACAACAAGCUUGUGUAUUAUUAUACCAGUAGUGAUCUCACUACCAAAUAUGGUGAUUCUUUCGAAUACUCAAUUACUGAUGGUCAAUUAGAAAGCUCAUGUGUUGCUUUCAUUCAAGUUUACAAUACUCCUCCUGAAGUCUUCUCCAAGACUUUUACUGUUGGUAAAUCCACCACUGGUAACUUGAUUCCAAUCGAUUACUUUGAUGUCGAUGGAAAAGAUUUAGUGACUUUGAAGAGCAUCUCUCCUGCUCUCAAUACUUUAAAUCCUGCAGGUAGUGUUCAAUCUUCCAAGACUUACAAGACCAAGUACUUUGAAUGUUGUGACUUUUUAAAUGUUGAGAUUAACAAUUAUACUCUUGUUUUCUCUCCAACUCCUGGAACUGUUUACAGCACUGUGUUGAGUGUGACCAUGACCGAUGGAGAAGCUGAAGGAACUGGUAAGAUUACAAUCAACGUUGUGAACACUCCUCCAACUCCUGUGGAUGACACUGCCUCGUGUGGAAAGAAUCUUCAAACAUUGAUCAAUGUCAUUGAGAAUGAUUUUGAUACUGAUAAUGGAGAUAAUGUUCUUCUCAAGUUGACUUCUAAUGGAUGGAUUACUGCUACUGAAAAGGGUGGUUCUGUUUCUCUCUAUAACAAUACUCAUGUCUUGUACACUGCUCCAAAAGAUUUGGUUGGAACCACAGAUGUUGCUUAUUAUCGUGUCACUGAUCAAAGUGUGGAUGGUAAUGGUCAACCAGAUCCAACAAGUUUUGCCACUGGUAAGAUUACCAUUUCUCUCAUCAAUAAUCCUCCUACUCCAGUCGAUGAUGUCAUUACCAUUCCAAAGGGUAUUGCAUCUGUAUUGAAUGUUUUGACCAACGAUGUGGAUCCUAACGAUGGUCCAAAUUCGAUCAAAAAGAUCAAAUCUGUCGAUGCUUCUGCCAACAAGAAUAUUGUACCAAGUAUUUUGUUGAACCAAAUUAAUGGUAACACUGAUGCUGUUUCUUACACUGCUGUCAAUGAAGAAUAUACGGAUAGCUUCUUGUAUGAUGUUACUGAUCAAGAUGGAAUGGAUUCCACAUUUAAGGCAAAGGUCACUUUGAAUGUUGUGAAUACUGCUCCAGUUGCUAAUAACGACAAUUAUAAUACGAAAUGGAAUCGAUCGGUGGAUUGUAACGUUAAGGCCAACGAUUUCGAUGAAAAUGGUGAUUUGUCAAGAGCUACUGUGAACAUUAUUGCCAAUCCAGGACAAGGAUCAGUUGUAGUGAUGGGAGAUGUGGUUCGCUACACUCCAAACAAUGGAUUUGUUGGUACUGAUUCAUUCACAUAUAGAUUGAACGAUUUGAGCUCUGUCAAUGCUUUGUCCAAUAUUGCCACUGUCACUAUUCAAGUCACAAAUACUGCUCCUGUUACUCAACCUGAUUCUAUUUCUACUCACUGGAGAAACCCAGUUGGAGUUUUAGUUUCACCAUUGACCAAUGACAACGAUCCAGAUGGAGAUGCUUUGGUUGUCUCUGAUGUCUCUUCCAGUGUUGGAACUGCAACUCUUGUCGAUUCACAAACCAUCAAAUUCAUUCAAGCACGAACACACCAAUUACUCUUGGAACUAAACAAUUCACAUACACUGUCUCGGAUUACAAUUUACAAACUGUUGUGUGGACCGACAAGUUUAUCCACUAAGGGAUCAGUUGUUGUUACUUCUGGUUCUGGUUCUGUCACUUACACACCCAAUAAGAGUUAUACUGGUGCUAGUGAUCAAUUCAGAUAUGUCAUUAACGAUGGUGCUGAAAAUUCUGUUACUCAAGGAACUGUCACCAUUCAGCUCACCAACAAUGACAAGCCAACUGCUUCUGAUGCCUCUUAUUCAGUUCAUUGGAGAGUUUUACAAAGUGCUGGAGGUUAUCGAGACUUUGAUGUUCUUUCUGGAAAGACUACUGACAGUGAUGGUGAUUCUCUCUCAGUAUCUGUUGUUGCCUCAGGCUCUUGUUCUGUUGUGAGCAAUAAGGUUCGUGUGACUGUUACGAGUGGAUUCAUUGGAACUACUUCAUGCUCAUUCACAGUCACUGACGGUCAUGACAGCGUCACCAAGACUGCAAGUGUUGUCACAUUUAACACUGCACCAACAUGUUCUGACAUUUCUGUUUCAUUCGAUCCAAAUAAUUUCAACACUGGACAAACGAUUGUUGUUACCAGCUUUAUUAAUGAUUUGGAUUCUGCUGAUGUUGCAUUCUUGACUCCAACUGAACCAGCCGGAGUUCAAGCUGGAGAUUCUCUCACUGUCAAUUCAGGUGAUCGAACACUUCUCUUUAAGCCAGCCAAGACUGUCGGUACUCGAGUCAUGUCGUACAAGGUGACUGAUGGUGUUUCUACAUCUGCUGCUUUCACUGUUCAUUGGAAUUCUGCUAAUAACGAAAUUGACAUCUUUGCUGCAAUUCCAACUUCAACCUUCUCACAAAUUUAUCCAGGAUAUUCUGCAGUCUCAAUUACCUAUAACUCUGGUAACAAGAAGAUUUACUACACACCAAAGAAGGCUGUUGGUUUUGAUCAAUUCAUUGUUGGUGUUAAAGAUGAACUCAACACUCCUAGAAAUGUCACUGUUUCUGUCACCAUUUACAACAAUGCUCCAAGUGCUUCCGUUCCACAAUCAUCAGUGGUUUGGAGUUCAAGUGGUAUUGACAUUGAUCUACUUGUUGCAUAUUCUGAUGCCGAUAUGACUGCUGGUUUUGAAACUUUGGGAACUGUGUCAUCUAUUGACACUGCAACUGCCACUGAUGGUGUUGCUUCUACUACUUUCCCUGUUUUAGUUGUUGUGACUAAUCAAGCUCCAGUCACUCAACCCAAGACGGUUAGCAUUACUUGGUCCCAACAUAAGGCAGGAUAUUCCAUCAAUGUCUUGAACUUUGGUGGUAAGGUUGACAGCGAUCCUGAUGGAAAUGCAUUGACUGCUUCUUUAUCUGGUGGUGUUUCUCCAUCUACUGCUGGCUCUGUUUCACUCACAGCUUCACCAAAUGCCAUUGUAACUGCUGGCGCUAAUGUUUAUUUAGGAUCCUUCUCCUUUGGUUAUUCUGCAUCUGACUCGGUCACUUCAACUCCAGGAAGUGUCACAGUCACUGUGACCAAUACUUUACCAAGUCCAUCUCCAUACAGUCUUGAUUUGCAUUGGAGAUCCAAGAAUGUUGCUCUCGAUCCUGUGAUCAGCUAUGCUCCAACUCGUAAAGAUUCUGAUGGUGACUCAUUGACCAUUACAGCUGCUUCUGCUUCAAAGGGAACUGCUGUUGCUAAUACCAAUACCAUUACUUACACUGCUCCAGCUUCCCUUGGUUUGGAUGUCGUCUCAUAUACUCUUACAGACGGUGCUCAAUCCGUGUCCAAUGCCAAUACUGUGGUCAAUGUAAAUGUUGUGAAUACCAAUCCAAUUGCUGCUCCAUUGACUGCUUCUGGUAAAUGGUCUGCAGUGAUCACCAAAGAUUUAACGACUGUUUCCAACGCAGUCGGUGGUACUACUUCCGUUUCAGGAAAUGUUGUUUCAUUCACUUCCACUCUUGCUGCUUCUUCCUAUUCCUUGUCAGGAAAUGUUUACACUGGAACUGGUAGUUACAAGUAUACUUGUACUGAUGGUUUGGGUACUUCACAAGGAACUGUCACUGUUACUGUCAAUAACAAUGCACCAACUGGUACCGGUAACUCUGUUACUCUUCCAAGAGAUUACACAAAGACUACGUAUGAUUUUACAUGGGCUCAAAUGGGUACAUUUUCUGAUGCUGAUGGAGAUACCAUUUCUGUGAUUAAGGUCGCCACCACUUCAGAUGUCACAGUCACCACCAUUGGUUCUGGUAUUCGGUUGACUACUUCACAAACUGUUGUAGGAGCUAAGGCCAUUACUUUCAAAUUAUUCGAUGGUCUCCAUGAAAGUGUCAACACCUUGACAUUUACCGUGACUUUCACCAAUGCUGCUCCAACUUGUUCUCCUGCUUUAUUCGAAGUCAAUAAGGGAACUGCCACAGACAUGUUACCCAAGUUGAAGACUCUCAUUGCCGAUGCUAACAAGGAUUCUCUUUCAGUGUCGUUAACAGGAACUUUGCCAGUCUCUCUGGGAUCCAUUACUGGAACUACUUUCACCAGUUCAAGCACGAACAGUGGUACUUCUACUGCUGUGAGCUAUAUCGUCUCUGAUUCUCAACUUCAAGCCACUUGUGGAAUGACCCUCACAGUGACCAACAGAGCUCCAACUGCAAAUCCUGCCACUUAUUCUUUCGAUGCUCAAGCUGCCAAUUUCGUUCACACUGCUCAAUACGAUCAGGCCUCUGAUCCUGACUCUGCUGAUACCUUGACGUAUUCCAUGACCUCAAAUACUUGUGGUAGCAUUGCAUCCUCGGUUAGUGUUUCCUCUUCUGGUCUUAUUACUUUCACUAGAAAGAGUACCUCUCUCAAGGGUACUUGUACCGUGUUGGUGAAUGUUGUUGACAGUGAUGGUUCCAAUCCAUUGUCUGCUAGUGCUACGGUCACUUUAGUUUUGAAUUCUCAAACUCCAACAGCAAGAGAUGACAGAUUCUCCAUCAAUCAAGGACAAACCAUCAGAAUCUUUGUUUCCCAAAUGCUUGCUAACGAUAAUGACGAAUUUGGAGGUGUUAGUGGACUCACCUUUGUCAAUGUUUCUUGCCCUGACGCUUCUUAUUGUCACAAGACUCCAAGAAUUGUCAAUGUGAAUGGUCAAACUGCUGUUGAACUCGAUUCUGAUACCAAGUCAUGUCAAGCUGACAAAUUCAGAUACACGCCAAGACCACAUUCAAUACUUAUGUAUCUGCCAACGUUUUCGUUGAAUUCAAGAAUUGUUAUUGUCAAUCCAAGAUUGAUUUCAUCUUCUUAUUGGACUCUUCAGGAUCGAUUGCUUGCUGCUGAUGCUGUUCAAGUAGGUAUUGUGAGAUUCCACACGACAGGUGUUUGGACUUUGGGAUUAACCACUGAUGGAGUUUUGGUGAACAACACCUUAACCAAUAUGCCUUACGAUGCUGGAAGCACAGCUCAAGUUCCUGGUCUCCGUGUUGCUGUGAAUAUGGCUUCUCAAGGACGUACCGAUGCUGAUAAGGUGAUCUAUGUGUUGACGGACGGUAUGGCCAAUGUUCCAUGUUCAUGCAGUCAAUGUGAAUCCAAUGUGUAUGGAUGGGCAGCUUCACCAAGCAUGUUCAAAGACACUGUUCAAAGUAAGAUUAUUGACAAUGCAGCUCUUACUGCUGAUCAAAAGAAGGCAGCUUACAGAGAUCUUUGCAAGUAUCAAUAUAGUGAUACCAAUUGGGCAUUCAGUGGAAAGACAUGUAGUUACUGUACUUGGGAUUCUAAUUCUUAUUGUUUACCUUGUGCUGAUGCUGUACCGUGGGCAAAGAAGGUCGGUACUUGGAAACGAGAUGCACAAGGAAUCGUUCCCAAUGAUCCAGAUAACCCAUUCAAUGGAAAUAAUAAGGUUUCUUGGAAGAUUGUUGCAAUGGCUGUCGGUAAUGCCAUGUCAAAUCCUGUCGGUGCCAGACAAAUUCAAGGAAUGAACUAUGAUCCUGCACGUGCCAUGACUGUUUCAUGGAAUGAUUUGGAUAAGAUGAUGAGCGAAAUUGUGGAUCAAUCAUGUAACACCAAUGAUGUUCAAAUUGGACAAUAA